UUUAUGAUCUCCUAAUUAAAGGUAUUUCCUCUCCAUGCUUUCUGUCGUUCUCUCUUCUCGAAUCCCAUGCCAAUUAUAGAAUUUUCAUAGCACGUUCAAAGAAAUGAGCUGCCGACUGUAUUCUUCCGGGAAUAUCUGGUUGUUCUUCCAGUUGGAGUUCCCCCUCUAGUUUCCGGCCAUGUCCUUCCUCAAUUAAUCCUAAGUAAAUCGGACAUCUUUACCGAGACUAAUAUUGUUUUCCAUUUUUGUUUUUAUGUCUGGGUGUUGACUCGCUGGCCCUGAGGUCGACUCACAAUGAAUCGAGAGGUUUUGUGGCGAUCUUAUGCGGGCCGGAAUCGGCAACAUCCACUGCUUGCGGAUCAUAAGGAAAAUGAGGGGAAAGAGAGACGACGAGUAGGGGAGGUUGCAGGAGGGACGACAGCUGAAUGCGCGGCGAUAUGUUGUUGUUUUCCAUGUACCGUGAUGAACCUACUGAUAUUGGCGGUGUACAAGGUGCCUGCAGGACUGUGCAGGAAAGCUUGGAGAAAGAAAAAACUGCAGCGUUUGAAGAAGAAGAAAACAACGGGGCUAUUGACAAAUAGUGGAAACAAGCUCGAGGAAGGAGAUAAUUUAGAGCUGGUGCUGGAGCUGGAGAUGGAGACCGUGAAGGGGGGGAGUCUGAUAGGGAUGAAUAAUAACGAUGCGGUCAACUUGGAGAAGGAAAUGUGGGAAAGGUUUUCUCAAGGCGGCUUCUGGAGGAGCCCUUCUGAGAGAGAAGGACCUCCUCGGCCUCUUGUAUGAAAUAUAAUCAAUUUCCUGCAAUUAAAUUAACUUUGUUUUCUUACUAAGGAUCGGCCAUUCGAAUUGGAUUAAGAGUUCAAGAUCAUCAGGGCUAGCUGAUCCGAUCCAGUCUUACAUAUAUAACAAUUAUAUAUAAUUACAAACUACAUACUUACAUACGUACUACAUUAUUUCUCUCAUCACCAAACAUAAACCUUAAUUUUGUUUUUCUUCUUUUGUGCGAUCGAUUGAGAAAU